AUGGAGCUCAAAACUCCAUCCAACAAUGGCCAAAGCUCAAACCCUGAACCAAAACUCGAGCCCCCCAACCCUAGCAAUGGCGAAACCCACAAAACCGAUGAAUCCCAUAUCUUCUUUGAAGACAUUGAUAGCACUUGUUCCACUCCGUAUGUUAGUGCACCUUCAAGCCCUGGCCGCAGUGGACCCGUUAGUGGGUUCUUCUACAGUGCUCCAGCUAGCCCAAUGCACUUUGCUUUGACCUCAAAGUCAAGCUCUUUCGCUUCGCCUCAGGGGUCUUCUUCUUCGUUUGACAACACCUCUGUUUCUCUGGGUUUUGAGUUUGAGUUCUCUGCAAGGUUUGGCUCAAGUGGCUCUGGCCAAACAGGGCCUAUGAGCUCAGCUGACGAGCUCUUCUUGAAUGGGAAGAUCAGACCCAUGAAGCUCUCGACCCACCUGGAAAAGCCUCAAGCUUUAGCUCCAUUGCUGGAUCUUGAGUCAGAAAACGAGGAGCAUGAAGCAGAGCUUAAGUUUGAGCCUGUGAGAGGCAGAGAUCUGAGAUUCCGGGACAAGUCUCUGCGUAGAAGAACAAGAUCUAUGUCCCCUCUAAGAAAUGUCCCUUUUGAGUGGGCUCAAAGCGAGAUUGAAACUGAUGAAAAAGGCUGUUCCUUUGUUCAAGAUCUGAAAGGGGGUGGCUUGAAAGAGAGCAAAAAUGAAGGAGAAGAAGAAGAAGAGGAAGAAGUGGAGAGCACAACUACUACACCUUCAGUUUCAGCUUCAACUUCAAGGUCAUCAUCAGCUGGUAGGAACUCAAAAAGAUGGAUUUUUCUGAAAGAUUUUCUUCAUAGAAGUAAAAGUGAAGGCAGAAGCAACCACAAGUUUUGGUCUUCAAUAUCGUUCUCCACUACAAAAGAAAAGAAGCCCAUGAAACAGAGUGCUCAAACUCAGGGCUCUGUUUCAAAAGAUCCCAAAUUUAGCAACCCCUUGAAUUUGAGCUCAGAGGCCCAAAAAUCCAAGGGAAGUGGGUCCGGCGGUUCAGGGAAGAAGCCGGUGGCCGGAAAACCCACCAACGGCGUCGGGAAACGGCGGAUGCCGCCGUCUCUCCAUGAGCUGCAUUACACUGCUAAUAGGGCUCAGGCUGAGGAAAUGAGGAAAAAGACUUACUUGCCCUACAGGCAAGGGUUGCUUGGUUGCUUGGGAUUUAGUUCAAAAGGAUAUGGAGCUGCUAUGAGCAAUGGGUUUGCUAGAGCGUUGAACCCAGUUUCUUCAAGGCUAGCUCUUUGGAUCCAUCUCUUUUCUUCUGAAAAAGAGAAGCUGCAGCCUUGUCUGUAUUUUGAUGGGUAUGAUGCAAAUUAUGGGAUAAAUUCUUUUAUUCCCAUCUAG